GAGAUUUAAAGAUAGACGUGCCCGAGUGCCCGAGGCUCGAUACCAGUGGUACCAUUGUAGCUUUGUCUCCUCACAAAAUGAGGGAGCUAUGAGGGUUCCAUGGAGACUUUGUUGUCGUGGAGUUGCUUUGUUUGAUACGAUCUCAGGGUCAUGCAAUCACUUCCUUGUGGGCCAAGCUACCUUCUCCUGAGGAGGUCCAAAGCAAUGAGGAUCAUAAAAUAGAAGCCUCUCAACAACGCAGCAUCAAAUCAUGAAGCAACAAUCUCCCUCUCUGCCUUACAUUCCAGGAAUGGGCUUUAUCCCCGGCGGCAACAACAGGGCAAAGAAGGGAUCUUUCAGUACUAGUUCUGUCAUUCCUAGUCUGCCAACUCUACGAUCCACCAUCUCUGGAGGUAGCACUGAAAGUGGCCGUAGCCUGUCUCGCGUCAGAAGCAUCCACAUUGGCUGGGAUGAAGAACUUUCUUCUUCUUUGAACUCCAGCAUGUCGUCCUGGGGCGACGAUGCAGGUUUGCCCAACCCUUGUGCUGCUGCCACUGCUAUCCGGGCACCUUCGCAUGUCAUGGGAAUUGGACAUAUCCCUCGGGCGACAAAGCUUUCUGCAACCAACGCAGCUCGGCGAUAUGCGUCCAAAGAGGUCCUCUUGGGUAGUAGUAGCCAACGAUCAUCCUUGCAACAAUCUCGCCGUCAACGAGCUUCUUCUCUCUCGAGCUCUUUGAUGGCACCGGUGCGGGAAGAACCUCAAUCCAACGUUGGUGUCUUGUGCAAUUAGUUCGAGCAAGGGAGGUGUCAGGGCGGUGAUUAGCUAGUUAUGUAUUACAUAAUCCUAUAUCAAGGUACAUCAA